AAAAUUAUAUUUGGAAAAAGGAAAAGGGUCAAAAUCUGAAGUCUCUUCUUUCUCUAUGGAUGUGAGUGAGAUGGCGACCUCUGAUUCUUCCGGUGAGGUGUCCCCGGAUAACGCCGUCGACGGCGCCAUCGACUACAGAGGCCGCCCAGCUUCCAGAUCCAGCACCGGCCGGUGGAAGUCCUCCCUUUUCAUCAUCGGAGUGGAGGUGGCGGAGAGAUUCGCUUACUAUGGGAUUGCUUCGAAUCUGAUAACCUACCUGACCGGGCCGCUGGGCCAGUCUACGGCGGCUGCGGCGGAGAACGUCAACGCCUGGGUCGGCGCGGCUUCGCUGCUGCCGCUCCUGGGCGCCUUCAUCGCCGAUUCCUACCUCGGCCGCUACCGCACGAUCAUCUUCGCCUCCCUUCUCUACAUAUUGGGGCUUGGCUUGUUGACUCUCUCAGCAAUCCUCACUUCGCUCAGCACUUCCAGUUCCGGUUGCAAUGGAACCGCGUCGUGUUCCUCUUCUCGGUCCCAAGUGGUCCUGUUUUUCUUCUCUCUGUUUCUCGUGGCAGUUGCGCAAGGAGGGCACAAGCCUUGUGUCCAGGCUUUUGGGGCCGACCAGUUUGACGGGGAAGAUCCAAUAGAGAGCAAAGAGAAGAGCUCCUUCUUCAACUGGUGGUACUUCAGUUUAUGCGCCGGUGUCACCGUAACGCUCCUGACGGUAGUCUACAUUCAGGAUAAUCUUAAUUGGAGCCUCGGCUUUGGGAUUCCAUGCGUUGCUAUGGUGGUUGCCUUAGGAGUGUUCUUGAUCGGGACAAGGACUUACAGGUUCAGUGCCAAAAGGGGCGAGAGGAAAAGCCCGUUUGUGAGGAUUGGGCAGGUGUUUCUCACUGCAGUUAGGAAUCGAAGGACCAGUGCUCCAUCAAUGGCUGCUGAAGAAGAAGAAGCUCAGGGACUGCUCCGAUCAAAUUAUGACCAAUAUAAGUUUCUGAACAAAGCGUUGCUGGUGCCAGACGACUCAAAAGCAAAUGUGAUGGUAUGUACUGUUCGUGAGGUUGAAGAAGCGAAGUCUCUACUAAGACUCAUCCCCAUAUGGUUUACAAGCUUGGUUUUUGCGAUUGUCUCAGCACAGACCUCAACCUUCUUCACCAAGCAAGGUGCCACAAUGGACCGAACAUUGUUCUCUGGGUUUAAAAUACCGGCAGCUUCCCUCCAGGUCUUUAUCGGCCUCGCAAUAGUAAUCUUCGUCCCAGUCUAUGAUCGGGUUUUUGUCCCCAUAGCGCGAUCCAUAACCCACAAGCCAUCCGGAAUUACUACUCUUCAGAGGAUAGGGACAGGAAUUUUCCUCUCUAUAGUCUGUAUGAUCAUUGCAGCUCUGGUAGAGAUUAAAAGGCUCGAAACUGCAAGAGACUACGGACUGGUCAACUCACCUGAUGCUACCAUUCCGAUGAGCAUAUGGUGGCUCGUUCCUCAGUACUUGCUCUUCGGGCUUGCAGAGGUUUUCACUAUGGUGGGCCUACAAGAAUUCUUCUAUGAUCAAGUACCCGAUGAUCUGAGGAGUAUUGGUCUUGCCCUCUAUUUGAGCGUAUUUGGCGUCGGGGCCAUACUGAGCAGCUUUCUCGUGGCAAUCAUUGAGAAGUUAACUAGUGGUAGCGGUGGAGACGGAUGGUUCUCGGAUAACCUUAACAAGGCACAUCUCGACUAUUUCUACUGGCUACUGGCUGGUCUGAGUACUCUCGGAUUAGCCGCCUUUUCCUAUUUCGCGAGUUCUUACAUAUAUCGGAGGAGAACAACAUGACGCCAUCAUUCCUUAUUGCUGUCACCAUGAUGAAUCCUGCAUCGGCUUCUUUCUUAGUAAACUCAUCGCAGUUCCGAGUAUCCCAUACUAUUGUUUUUCCUAUGAUGCGCUACGGUGAUAAAAAGGUUGGCAUUGUACAUAUAGCUCGUGUUCAUCGGAGUUCCAAAGAAUUUGUUGAUUCGAAACAUGCUGAAACAUUUGUCGUAUGAGUAGGAGGUUUAGUGUGGUAUCAGCAUUCAAACGUGGAAUCAAGAAUUCUGAAUUCGACUUUCAUCAUUGAGUACCUUUGACCCUUAUAUUUCUUCUACCUUAUAUAUCUCCUCCUAUAGGACUUCGGCCUCCUCUGUAUUAUCAGAAAAAAAAGGGGUUGUUUGGUUGGACGUAAUCUUCGGAUUUUCCCGCUUUCCAUUGUAUUUUAUAUCUUUGAUUGCAAAUUUAACUAUUGUAA